AUGUCUCAAUUAUCAUUAAUUUUCAUGAUUUAUUCGUUGCUCUUUUUUUAUCCAAUUUUUAUAAACGCCGAAGAAAACUACAGUUCUGAUAAUAAUCCUGAACAACAAAGGUUAAAUGAUAAUGAAUUUCAAAUUAUAGUUUAUACUUAUUAUGUUGUAGGAUCUUUAAAUGCAAUUGGAUGUUCCUUCGUAUUUUGUAAAACUUUUAUAAAAUGGAUGUUUUGUAAAAAAAAUAAAAAUAGGUUAACAAUGAGUUACAGAUUACCUUUCUAUACCGCCAUUUCAGAUUUUGGAAUUUUUAUUUCUGGUGCGAUAAAUAUCGCACAUACGGCAAUAUAUGCGAGAGUAUGGGAACAACCAAUGUGUACAAUAGUAGGAGCAUUAUCUUGGUUUUUUGUUUCAUUAAAUUUAUCUCUUUAUGGUGUAAUAAGCAUUAUGACUUACAUAAGAGUAUGCAGAGAUAUUUUUUUUGAUACUGGUAAAUAUGAUUAUAAAUUAUGGACAAUUGUCUUCUUAAUUAUUACGAUAUUACAAAUAAUAGCCGGUCCAUUUUAUGGACCAGAAAAAUAUUGGUGCAUUGGGAAAUCGAAAAAUAUUGUAUUUUCAGUAACAAAUUUUACUUUAUAUUUUAUAUUAUUAUUUACAACUUUAACAUGUUAUAUGUUAAUUUAUAAAACAAUUGAAGCAACUUUUGCUGAAGGAGGAGAAAUUAAUAAUUAUGAUGAUGAGAAUAAUGAUAAUAGGGAUAAUAGAAAUGAUAAUAGAGAUAUUGAAUAUACAACAAUAUCUGAUACAAAAUGUAUGAUGGAGAAGAAAGCUUCAGUUAAAAUUGCUAGUUAUAUUUUAGUAUUCUUUAUUCAGUGGACUCCAGUACAGGUUUCUAAUAUCGGAUCGUGGUGUAAUAUUGAUAAAACAUGGAUUUAUGUUGUUGCUGUGAUAGGAGUUAAUUUAGGUGGAAUUGGAAAUGCAAUACAAUAUAUGAUCAAUGAAAGAAAAACUUUUCAUCCUACACAAUACAAGUCGACUACCUCAUUACAUAUCAAAACAAAACUAGAUGAGGAAUCUUAUCCAAGUCCUGCUUCAAUUGAAUUAAACGAUUUACCCAUUAAUAUAAUUAUCGAAAAUAAUAAUGAAAUUAAUGUUGAAAAUGUUGAAAAUGAAAUUGUUUGA